AUGAGAGACGAGCACUCCCCACGCCAUCAGCCUAACAGAAGCUCCAACGAGAACACCAUUACAGAACUGAUCCCAAACCAACUCUACUUCGGUUGCUUCCCUGAUCCGAAUGCCAUCGAUAAGUCUGACAAAUCGAUUAAAAAGACAUGUUUCAUAAGUGUAAAUAAUAAAUUCCACUAUGAGCCAUUUUAUGAGGAUUUUGGACCAUGGAAUCUGUCGGUUCUCUAUAGGUUAUGCGUUCAAAUCGAUAAACUUCUGGAGGUUGAAGAGAAACGCGGCAGAAGAGUGGUUCUUUUCUGUCAAGAGGAUGGAACGGGAGACUAUGAGAAAUUGAGAGUCAACACUGCCUAUGUUCUUGGAGCUUUUCUGAUAAUCUAUCAAGGGUUCUCAGCCGACGAUGCUUAUUUGAAAGUGUCAUCUGGAGAUGGUCCAAAACUGAUUGGAUUCCGUGAUGCGUCUAUGGGCGCUCCCCAAUAUCUUCUCCAUGUUCAUGAUGUUCUUCGUGGAAUUGAAAAAGCUCUGAGAUUCGGAUGGCUCGAUUUCUCAGACUUUGACUAUGAAGAAUACGAGUUUUAUGAACGUGUUGAGAACGGAGAUUUCAAUUGGAUUGUUCCGGGAAAGAUUCUCAGUUUUUGUGGUCCUCACAACGAAAGCCGAGAGGAAAACGGGUAUCCAUAUCACGCUCCAGAUGUCUAUUUCGAUUACUUCCGCGAGAAAAAAGUGUCGACGAUUGUUCGAUUGAACGCGAAAAACUAUGAUGCUGCGAAGUUCACAAAAGCUGGCUUCGACCAUGUUGACUUAUUCUUCGUUGAUGGAAGCACGCCAUCUGAUGAAAUCAUGUUGAAGUUUAUCAAAGUGGUCGAUAGUGCACAAGGAGGAGUUGCCGUACACUGCAAGGCUGGCCUAGGAAGAACGGGAACUUUGAUCGCUUGUUGGAUGAUGAAAGAAUUUGGUUUGACGGCAGGAGAGUGCAUGGGCUGGUUGCGUGUGUGCCGCCCAGGAUCAGUGAUAGGACCACAGCAGCCCUAUCUGGUCGAGAAACAAAAAUUCUGCUGGGGAUUGUCAAAGUCGAAUGGAAUUCAUCUUAUACCGACAAAAGAAGAAAAGAAAUGUGUCCGACGUCUUGCCAAUCAAGUGGAUGAUAUAAAUUUAGGAGAAGGAAAACGAUCAAAGAGUCGAGAAACUACUACUCGUCCCAACAUACUCAGAAGAAAAGUUCAAGCUCAAAAUGGAGUAGAGAUUCCGCCGGUUUCUGCUUCUUCGUCAACACCAGGAACUAGCCGAUCGACGAGACGAGUUGUCGAUGAAACUGCAUUGGACGAACAAGGAAGAUCUCAGGGAGAUCGCCUACUUCAACUCAAAGCAAAACAUCAACAUGAAGCAGAACAAACCUCAUCCAAUACUCCAAGCCGUCGUUUCGUCAAAAACUCCGCUCCACAAAUGGCUGUUCCAAGUCAAGCGUAUCUUAACCGGAAUCGUGAGCCUCUUCUGGUCACUCCAACGAAGACGGCUGGUCCAUCUUCAUCUGGAACCAGUAGCCGUCAGCUGAAGACAACUUCAAAUGGAAAUGUUGCCUAUCGAACUAGAACUCCAUCUGGCAGCAAUGGAACCGGAACUCUUUCUAGAACGGGCAACGAGAGCUACCGAUUCCACAACUCGUUAUUAUACGAGCCAGCAUCCGCAGUGUUUCCAUCAAUGGCUUCUCGUCGGAGUGAGGCUACUAGAUAUCUGUCUCCAACGACUCCGAUAAAGCCGAUGUCCCCAGCUUACACAGGAAGUGCCAACAGCUACAAGACUUGUCUUCGAUCAGAAAAACCAUUGGGAGCCACUACGUCCACUCCAUUCAAUCUUCAGCCACAAGUGAGUUUUUUUGGGAUUUUUGGACUUGUUCGAGUGCCAAUGGAUUCACCGCACCUUGUGAUGGCCCAACGACCACCACCGGCUCGUGUGCCACUCGCUCAACACAACUUCUCAUCAGUGCAGAUGUACAAUCCAGCCAGUCGAUCUCUUGGAGAUAAGAAGCCAGUGACACGUAACACCGCAUCCACAUCAGCACUUCCUGCAAUGUACAUGACCCGGAGCAGUGUGCGGAAGUGA